CGGUUGCUAUGGUUUCCACGCGGUCGGUGAGUGUGGGGCCCGGCAGGAGGUGACGGUGAAUCGGCUGCGGUUCCUUUUAAACUCCAACUUCCUCGGGAAAGCAGACACAGACACACACACAGAAAUGGACAACUCGGGAACCGGGGGAGGGUUACGCGCCGGUUUUGGACUUUUCAGCGGCGGAGGAGCCGGUGGUGGCGGCUCGGUCCCGGAUUAUUCCCAGCCCGACCUUUCCCGUGUCCCCUUGACUGGAAUGAGCCCCUUGUCUCCGUAUCUGAACCUUGACCCUCGAUAUUUGAUCCAGGACACAGAAGAGUUUAUAUUACCAACUGGAGCCAAUAAGACUCGAGGAAGAUUUGAGCUAGCUUUUUUCACAAUUGGUGGCUGCUGUAUGACUGGUGCUGCUAUUGGUGCAGUAAAUGGCCUGCGUCUGGGAUUGAAGGAGACUCGUGAUAUGGCUUGGUCAAAACCCAGAAAUGUUCAAAUUCUGAACAUGGUCACAAGGCAGGGAGCUCUGUGGGCCAACACACUUGGUUCCUUGGCUCUGUUGUACAGCACGUUCGGUGUUGUCAUUGAAAAGGUUCGAGGUGCAGAGGAUGAUCUGAACACAGUGGCAGCAGGGUCCUUGACUGGCCUACUCUACAAAUCCACAGCUGGACUUCGUGGGGCAGCACGGGGAGGAUUUGCUGGCUUUGUGCUGACUGGACUGUACGCUCUCUACAACAACUGGGACCAUAUAAAGGGUGUGUCAGUGCGGCAUUCCCUCUGAGGCUGCAGUAUGGGAAGAACCAUCGGGAACAUUUGAAUAGGUGUGUCGUACAGUGAAUGAGACCUGAAUCCAGAGUCGCAUAUGAAUUUUUUAAAAAAUUCUUAACUACCACUUUAUCCCUAAAUUUAGUGAUGAUUUGAAGGUCACUUGCAGAUGUUAUGAAUGGAUAACGUUGCAGAGGAGCAGAGUCAGCAGAGGUUGGAGGUGCGAUUAGUUGCAGGAGUGAGAUCAGCAAUUAUAAUUCUGAUGGAUCAGUGCAGAAUAAACCAAUGAUUUUACUAGAGCAGUUGCAAACUAAUUAGUCACAGCCUCCAUUAGCAGGAACUGAAAUGCUGCAGCAACAUUGGAGUAUUUCAGUCAGAUUUUGGAUUGGAUUCCACAGUCAUAUGGGUUAAAGACCCCUAUUAACUUAUUUUAAAUGGCUAAUAUUGUUCUCAAUUCUAAGUCUGAACUCAAUAGUGAUAAUAUACCAUGAGCUGUCAUUGCUAUCUAUUGUAUAUUAAAUUCUGACGAUAGGUAAUAUCCCAACCUCUAUGAUGGACUACAGUGAUCUCCCCACCCAAGCCCCAGAGAAAAGUGUCCCUAAUCUGUGUAUCCACAUACAACAACCUUGGGAAUUAGACUGGUUGCUCACUAAUUGUUCUGCUGGUCUCCAGAGCAGAAAAAUAUUUUUUCAUUUAACUGAUCUGGCAAAUAAUUAUGACAAAGGAACUGAUCAGAUGUACUGAAUGGUUUCCUCUCAUUCCCUGUAUCCUGUAGCACUUGCUGAGAAUGAAAUGGCUAACCUCAUGAUUUGUGCAAUAAAAUCCAGCACUUCCACCUGGGUUGCCGGUGAGUGUGGAUUGUUAUAUGCCAUAGUCAGUGUUUAUAUUUGUAUUCUGGGGUUUGACAGGGAGGGGGACGUUGCUGGUCCCAACCUGCUUGUUUAAUUUGCGAUCAUCACUCAUCACCAUGAUCAUCAAAUUCUUUCCAAAAAGGAGAGAAAUCCUGCAUUGCCACCUGUUUUACUGAUGUACUUCCCUUUAUUAUUAGAGCUGUUAUGAGUACUGAAAAGUAAUUAUGUACGUGUGAACUUGAAAUUGAAGAAAAGAAUAAAACUGUGACCUGAGGUAUGAGAACCAAGAUUGAGAGCUAAUAAUAGAAAGAUGUUGAGAUUGCGGCCCUGAGCAGAUUACCCCAAUGUGGACAAAGCCCCACAGCUGACCUAAGCUAUGUGAGUGCUUAACAUUGCAGGAGUGCCUGGAAAAGGCACAGAAACCGUGGAUGCAGAAAGAACAUGUUAACUGGUGCUCUGUAUGCUACCCAAAUUAUUUAGGCAGAAUUGUACAGCCCUUUAACCAUGUGAUGUUUUUAUGAAGUUUUGUCUUUUCCAAGUUAUUCUGUUAAGAGGAAUCUGGUCACAAACUGUACGGACAAACACAGCACAGAAUAAAGAAAUGCUAUUUAUUGUUUAAUAAACUGAUGUUCUGAAUUUUUUUUGGACAGAUUGUUGCACAUGUUUGGAGCUUAAUAAAAACCACUUCAUGAUUA